ACCAAAUUCAGCAGUAGACCUUAUAUCCUCUUCCACAUCACAAAAUUUCGGGUCAUCCCUAAAUCACUUCUCCCGAUACAACCCGAUGACCCGCCUGCUAGAGAGCUGCCGAAUCGAACCGGCGCCGGCGCCGGAAGAGGAGCGAUUUCUGCCCCUCACCUUCUUCGACAUCGUAUGGAUCCCCUUUCAUCCGAUUCGUCGUCUUUUAUUCUUCGAAAUCCCCGACUGUUCCAAGAAGCACUUUUCAGAGACCGUCGUUCCCAAACUGAAGGAAUCACUUUCCGUCGCUCUCAAACACUACUUCCCCCUCGCCGCCACUUUGCUGUUUCCUUUAGACGGCGCCGCCGAGUUUCCGGUCUACCGUUCUGCCCCCGGCGAUUCGGUUCAUCUGACAAUCGUCGAGUCCGCGGCGGACUUUCAAGAUCUCGUCGGAAACCACCCCCGCGACGCCGAUCUGUUCUACGACUUCAUCCCGGAGCUCCCGCCGGUUUCCGAUGAACCAGGUUUCCGGCUGGUCAAAUUGCUGGCUCUCAAAGUGACUCACUUUCCGGGCCGUGGGAUUUGCAUCGGCGUAGCGAAUCAUCACUCGGUUGGUGAUGCCAGUUCCAUAGUUGCUUUCAUAAAGAGCUGGGCUAGUAUCUGCAAAAAUGGUGGAGACGAGGAGUUGUUGAUCUCAGAGAGCGAAUCUUUGCCGGUUUUGGAUCGAUCCCUUGUGAAAGAACCUCCUGGAAUAAAAUCUCAUUUCUGGAACAUCGUUAAAAACUUCCCCAUCGAAUCCUCCCAUUUCCCCUUGCCCACUAACAGGGUUCGUGCCACCUACGUUUUAGGGCAGCCCGAAAUCAAGAAACUGAAGAGCUUGUUGCAGCCGCGAAUGCCGCCGGGUUUGGUCCACAUAUCGUCUUUCGUGUCGGCGGCGGCUCUUUUCUGGACGUGUUUGCAGAAAUCAGUCGUGACUGCGGAGUUGGAGGAGGAUGAAGAUUUGGACGCGUGUUUCCUGUUCGCCGUCGACGGCCGGGCACGAUUGGAUCCGCCGGUGCCCAAGAACUAUUUCGGGAACGUUCUGGGGACGGGACUGUGUACUAUUAAGCUUCGGGAUGUGAUCGGCGAGGAAGGGUUCUUCAUGGCGGCGGAGGCGAUAGCGACGGAGAUUCAGUGCAAGGUGAAUGCUAAGGGUAAAUUAAUGGCGGACGUCAUGGAGUGGUUGCCGAAAGUGAUGGCGGCGGUGCAGAAGCCAAUCGUGUCGAUGUCGGGAUCGGCUAGGGUUGAUUUGUACGAGGCUGAUUUCGGGUGGGGGAAGAUGAGGAAGAUGGAGUCUUUGUCAAUCGACGGGGAGAAAUACGCGAUUUCGAUAUGUCAGGCGGGAGGCUCCGGCGGAGGGAUAGAGCUUGGUGUGUCUUUGCCGAAAUCCGCCAUGGAUGCUUUUGCUGCAGCGGUUGCAGAGGUACUGAAGGAUUAAUUGCGGUUGCUUUAUUCCCGGCCGGGCCCACCUACGUGUCCAGGCCACGACACAAACAUAACCUACCUAGACACCCUGUUAUUGUGAUUGUGAGUGGGAAUGGAUUUGUGAGUCAAAACUUUCUGUUGGGUAUUUUUGUGUACUGUAAUAGCAUGAGUGAUUGAGAGUCAACAUUUUAAUGGUCGUCAUCGAGUGGUAUAAUUUCGUCGUCUUGGUAAUAAAUGGUAUGGUUGUUUUGAUGGUA